AUGUUCCGCCUAAUGAUGCUGCUUGGGGGUCUCAGUGGCUUGCUAGCGUCAAGACCUGGUUCUCAAAACUCAUUUCUACAAAUUAUAUUUCCAGAGAAAAUCCAAGCAAAUACAAGUGAUAAUUCAGAAAUAGAAGACGAACAGAUAUCCUAUAUUAUUCCAAUUGAUGAGAAACCAUAUACUGUGCACCUUAAGCAAAGAAUUUUUUUAGCAGAUAAUUUUAUGGUUUAUUUGUAUAAUCAAGGAUCUGUGAAUUCUUAUUCUUCAAAUAUUCAGGCUCAGUGCUACUACCAGGGACAUGUUGAAGGAUAUCCAAGUUCUGUUGUUGCACUUAGCACGUGCUCUGGACUGAGAGGAAUACUGCAAUUUGAAAAUGUUUCUUAUGGAAUCGAGCCUCUGGAGUCUACAGUUGAAUUUCAGCAUCUUCUUUAUAAAUUAAGGAAUGAAAACAAUGAAUUUGCUGUUCUUACUGAAAAUAACCGAGGCAUAGAACAAAACCCAAUGAACUAUAAUAUUUUUAUCAGUGAAAAAUCAGAAUCAACUGUUCCAGAUUUAAUUCCUCUUUAUCUAGAAGUACAUAUUGUGGUGGACAAAGUUUUGUAUGAUUACUUGGGCUCUGAUAGCAUGAUAGUAACAAAUAAAGUCAUCGAAAUUAUUGGCCUUGUAAAUUCAAUGUUUUCCCAAUUUAAAGUUACUGUUGUGCUGUCAUCAUUGGAGUUGUGGUCAGAUAAAAAUAAGAUUUCUACAGUUGGUGAGGCGGAUGAAUUAUUGAGUAGAUUCUUAGAAUGGAAAAAGUCCUAUCUUACCCUAAGGCCUCAUGAUAUUGCAUAUCUAUUCAUCUAUAGAGAUCAUCCAGAUUAUGUGGGAGCAACGUUUCCUAGAAAGAUGUGUGUUACCCAUUAUUCUGCAGGAAUUGCUUUGUAUCCCAAGGAGAUAACUUUGGAAGCAUUUUCAGUUAUUGUCACCCAGAUGCUGGGAAUCAGUCUGGGAAUAUCAUAUGAUGACCCAAAGAAAUGUCAGUGUUCAGGAGCAAUCUGUAUAAUGAAUCCAGAAGCUAUGCAAUCCAGUGGUGUGAAGACAUUUAGCAGUUGCAGUUUGAGUGACUUUGAAAAUUUCAUUUCAAAAAUGGGUGUCAAAUGUCUUCAAAAUAAGCCACAAAUGCAAUCGCCUCCAACAUCAAUUUGUGGUAACCGCAGAGUAGAGGGAAAUGAAGACUGUGACUGUGGUACUGAGGAACUUGCAGAAGCAGGUGUUGAAUGUAGGCGCAGAGUGAAUGCUGAAUGUGAUCUUGCUGAGGUUUGUGAUGGAGUCUCACCAGAGUGUCCACCUGAUAUAACUAUGCUCAAUGGAAAUUUAUGUAAAGGAGGACAACAUGUAUGUCAUAGUGGAGACUGCCAAGAUCCUGAUGCACGUUGUGCAUCCCUAUUUGGAAAAGGUUCAAGAAGUGCUCCAUUUGCCUGCUAUGAAGAAAUACAAAAUCAUAAUGAUAGGUUUGGGAACUGCGGUAAGAGAGGAGGCAGAUAUAUAUUCUGUGGAUGGAGGAAUCUUGCAUGUGGAAAAUUAACUUGUACCUACCCUUAUUCAAGUCCUUACCAUCAAGAAAAUGGUGCUGUGAUUUAUGCUUUUGUACGAGAUACCGUAUGUGUAACUAUAGACUACCAAGGGCGUGAUCCAGAUCCAUUGUUGGCCCGUAGUGGCGCUGAUUGUGAUAAUGGGAGGAUAUGUAUAAAUUCAGUAUGUGUAGAAUCAAGGAUACUUAAGGGAGAAGCACUAACUUGUUCACAACGGUGCAGUGGACAUGGAGUGUGCACUUCCAAUUUGACAUGCCAUUGUACUGAUGGCUACAGGCCUCCAAAUUGCGCAAGACGUGCCAGAGAAUCUUCUAGAUUGCCUGGGAAACAGGGUUUAAUCAUGGAAAGAGCUUUUAGGAAGGCUGAAAAAAAACGGUGGUUUCUAGGUCUCUACAUUGCUUUACCUGUUCUCAUCGUAGCAACCAUAAUAGCUGUUUCAUGGAAUAAUUUGAAAAAGUUGUUCACCAAGGAAGAGGAGUCACUAAGUAGCGAAUCAGAAGGCAGCACUCACACAUAUGCCAGCAGAUCCAGAUCAGAAAGCAGCAGCCGAACAGAGACUGUUAG